UCCCUGUGCUAUACAGUAGGACCUUGUUGUUUGUUUAUCCAUCCUAUAUAAAAUAGUUUGCAUCAGGCAGGUAUUUGUCUUAUCGCCAUUUUACAGGUGAAGUGCAGAGAGAUGAAAUACUUUUUCUAAGGUCGCAGAGGUAGUAAGUGACAGGCUGAGAUUUUUCUGCAGGCAGUCUGACCUCAGAAUCCACACUCCAUGACUUCUCAUUGCCCUUAGGAUCAGUCCAAAUAUCAACACAUGGAAUUGUCCCAUCUAUUUAUUUUUCCUUUGGCUGACUCAAAUGGUGCGUUCAGUCUUGCCAAGAUGACACUUCCUCAGAAAUCCUUCCUCAACUCUUGCAGAUUGAGUAGGAUACUAUUCUAGUAUUCCUCUGGCACCUCAUGUUCCCUGUUAUCAGAGCACAGAAGGUCCUGUGUUGGACACGUUUAGCACCUGUGUUGAAUACUGGAGCACAGUGGGUACUCAAAUAUUUAUCAAGUGCAUGAAUGAAUGAAUAAAUAAAAUAUUUUAUUCAAGAGGCAGUGAGGAGCCAUUCAAGGUCUUGAAGCAAAGGAGUGAUCUUAUCAAGCCUGUGCUCCAAGGACAAGCUGGGAGCAAGACUUGCACACAAUGAACCAUCCUCAUCAGCAUUUGAGGAUGAAAAAAAAGCUUAUUUGCAUUUUGGUCUUGGAUUUCUUGAGCUGUGCAAGUUGGCUCUUAUCUCCACUUGAUCACAUCUGGGUACCGGGUAAUGCCAGAAACUGUCGCGGUAACGACCAGGUUUCUCUUUAUGAAGGUGGGAUCUGGGAAAAGAGCUGUGAUUUGCAAAAGAGCUUGGGCCUGGAACUCCCUCUAGAAUCAGGGGUCUCCCUACCAAGAAGGCUAUGCGACGCCGAGGCUACGUCAGGAGUCAAAGACACGACGAUGCCAGGAAGUACCCCGCAAGUCUAGACUUUACUAAUCUAAUCUACACUUGCUCCUGGAGCACACUACCUCCAGACUAAGAAGACUGAAGGCCUUCCGCGUUGUAGGCUGCAGUUACAGAUCCCAGCUAGAGGUCAGGUUAAUCUUCGUUAGAGAUGCCCAGCGUCUCGGUUUCUCUGCGCCGGGGCACUUGUCAGAUGGAGCUGCUCUGAAAGUCCAGGAAACGCCCCUGGGGCGCCGAGAAAAAUGCGAAAGUCAGUCCAAGCUAGCUCUAGACUCAAGGAGAGGAGCCAGUGGGCCCAGAGAGACGCAGAGCUAAUCCGCGCCUAGGCACAGGCUCCAGGCCCUGCGGAGGAGGGGUCCCGGAGCCCCCUUCUCACACCGACGCUCUGCAGAGUCCCCAAGUCCGCAGCGCCAGAGAGGGGCGGGCCUGGGCUCGGCGCCUCCCGCGUUCGGGCAGCAGCUCCAGGCUCUGGGAGCGGGAGGGGGAGGAGCCACGUGGGGAGGAGCAAAACCCAGUGGCCCGGGGAACCUUGGGCAGAGCCGAGCCACGGGAGCCCGAGCCCGGGCGCGCGGCUCUUGGAGCGCACCGUCCCGGCGGAGCACCGCCUCAGCUUGCCUUCCGUGCGUAGCGGGGAGAAGGGCCGGUGCUGAAGAGAGCGAGGGUCCCGAGCGCCAAUCCUUCCAGAGCUGCUGGGCUGCCUGCUGCCCCUGCCACCCUAGUGGGACUCGGCCCCCCCCCCCCCCCCCCCCCCCCCGCACUACCUGCGUCCAGGUUGCGCCAUGGAUCCUUCAGAGAAGAAGAUAUCAGUGUGGAUCUGCCAGGAGGAGAAACUGGUGUCCGGCCUUUCCCGCCGCACCACUUGUUCGGACGUAGUGCGGGUACUCUUGGAGGAUGGCUGCCGGCGGCGACGGCGGCAGCGGCGGAGCCGGCGGCGGGGGGCGGCCGGCGACCCGCCAGGCCCAGGAGAGCUGCCGGAACCCCUGGACGAGGACGACGAGGACGACGACGAUGAGGCGCUGCCCCAGGGCAUGCUGUGCGGGCCCCCGCAGUGCUAUUGCAUUGUGGAGAAGUGGCGGGGCUUUGAGCGCAUCUUGCCCAACAAGACGCGCAUCUUGCGCCUCUGGGCCGCCUGGGGCGAAGAGCAAGAGAACGUACGCUUCGUGCUGGUGCGCAGCGAGGCGUCGCUGCCCAACGCGGGUCCCCGCAGUGCCGAGGCGCGCGUCGUGCUCAGUCGCGAGCGCCCCUGCUCCGCGCGGGGGGUCCCAGCGCGGCCCAGCCUAGCCAUGACCCAGGAGAAGCAGCGACGGGUGGUGCGCAAGGCCUUCCGCAAGCUGGCCAAGCUCAACCGGCGGCGCCAGCAGCAGCCGUCGUCGCCCUGUUCGUCCACUUCGUCGUCCGCAGCCUCAUCCUGUUCGUCGUCGUCGCCGCGGGCCACCGAGAGCGCCUCGGUGGAGCGUAUGGAGACGCUGGUGCACUUGGUGCUCUCCCAGGACCACACCAUCCGUCAGCAGGUGCAGCGGCUUCGAGAGCUGGACCGCGAGAUCGAUCGCUACGAAGCCAAGGUGCAUCUGGACCGCGUGCGGCGACACGGAGUGAACUACGUGCAGGACACCUACUUGGUGGGUGCCGGGAUCGAACUCGACGGUACCGGCCCAGGAGAGGAGCCGGAGCCGGAGCCGGAGCCCGAGCCGGCGGCAGCGACUACAACGACGCCGCCCCUGGACAGCGAGGCGAAGGCGGUUGCGCUGGAGGAGCUGGCCCGGCGCUGUGACGACCUACUGCAGUUGCAGGAGCAGCGGGCCCAGCAGGAGGAGUUGCUCGAGCGCCUUUCGGCCGAAAUCCAGGAGGAGCUGAACCAGAGGUGGAUGAGGAGGCGCCAGGAGGAGCUCUCUACCCGGGAGGAGCCCCCGGACGCCGAGGGCGGCCUCGACGGUGAGCUGCUGCUGGAGCGCGAGCGGGUCCGGACGCAGCUCAGCACCAGCCUCUACAUCGGGCUCCGGCUCAACACGGACCUGGAGGCCGUCAAGUCGGACUUGGAUUACAGCCAGCAGCAGUGGGACAGCAAGGAGCGCGAGCUCCAGGGCCUUCUCCAGACUUUGCACACUUUGGAGCUGACGGUAGCGCCCGAUGGGACUCCGGUGUCCAGUGGGCCCUCGCGGGACCCCGGGCCGCAGGCCUGCGCCGAGGUGUGGGUGGACCAGGCCCGCGGACUGGCCAAGAGCUGUCCUGGUAACGACGAGGACUCGGACACCGGGCUGAGCUCCAUGCACAGCCAGGACUCGGACUCGGUGCCCGUGUGCGAAUCCCUUGUGUAGGAGGAGCAGGGUGGGAAGGGGAGACCGCCGGCUCUCCCUUCCUUGAAGAACUCCGGCGUGGCCGGCUCAGGGACUUGAAACUCGGAGGGGAGUGGGCCCCGAGCUUUUGCCGGCCAGCAGCCCUCUGACUGGGCAGGGGGAGGGUGGGGGACGCCGGGCCUGCAGCGGCGCUGCUCAGGCCGCGGAGUGAAAGUGGAGGUGUUGCUGGACGAGAAAGCUGGGUCUGCAUUACAAGCUCUCUCAGGGGAAGGAAGGAGGGAGGAGGUGAAAACCCCCUUAUAUUGGAUAAAAAACGCCCCAGGAAAUUGACGUGGUCCGAGCCCAUUUUCAAAAAAAGAAAAAAAAAGUAUUAUGGCGAUUUCAUCAAUUUUUUGUAUGGGAAGGACUGAUGGCAGCUAGAACUUUAGUUUGUGGUAUAAAAUACUUUUUAAAGAAACACUUGGGUGAAAAGGAAAUUCCUUGAAUGUUAAUUGUGACUGUGAACGUGUUAAAACUAGCCAAAGAGGACGCACUGGUGUUGGCCGCAGCCUUACAUCUUUGAUAAAAACCCAUAGGCACCCAAAUCCUGGCUGUUUACAUUUCUGCAUAUUUGGGAAUUACCCAUCUGCUAAACUCCCUGCCUUUUAUUUUCUUUCAAAGACUAACUCGGUCUCCUCCUAGCAGACACAGUAUAUGUUAAAAUAGGGUCCUUUUUUCAAACUCACCUUUUAUUAUUCUCAAAGCCAAACCUAACCCUUUGAGAUAUAGAAUCAGGGUGGACAUAACCUCUGGUUAAAAUUUAAUCUAGGCCUUUUACAAUUUGCUCCUGCAAAGGUGAUGUGUGUUGUCCUUUUAUUCUUAUUGCCACUUAAUCCUUCAGACACUGUUAUUCCAGAAAAAAUAAAAGGGAAGUUGCAGAAUUCAAGUACAACUACAUUUGCUGUUUAAUGAGCACUCUGAUUGAAAGGUAAGCCUUGAAAGCAAAGAUAUUUGUUAGUGUUCAACUUUUUAACUCAGCUACAUGAUUAAAACCAGCCAUGACCUCAACAGAUUUUACCAAACAAACCCAAGUCUAUCUUUGGUCAGAGAUUAAUUAGUUACUUGUCCAAACCUAAAUUGAGAUAGUGUAAAUAUCAAGUUUACUAGAUAAGACCUAAAAAGAAAACAUAACGUAAAACAAUCUAAUAGUACAUCUUAGGUGAAAACUUCGGUUCACAACGGCACGUAGCCAUAGAUAAAAGCAUAUAAAAUGGAGCUAAAGACUUGAAUUGCUCUUGUCUGGCUCACACCUUUGCAGACACCACAGCAUGCAAGCGCAGUGCUUCUCUCUUAAUAGUUAGUGAUGGAGCCCUGUGGGGACUCAGUGUAAUUGUUCCAGUUAUUUCAAUGAAAACUUAUCAGUUGUAGCUAGUUGUUGCCGGGGUGGAAGGAGCCUGCUGGUGGUGUUCCCCCCGGAGCUCAGAGCUUCUGAGGAAUGCGGGAUCUAAUCUCUCCUGAGGAGGUAUUAACAAUGGGGUGUGUGUGCGGUGCCAGCCUGGUAUCAGCCUCACUGUGUAGGGGCUGGCUCCAGUUUCAAUACUACAUGGGAAGAUAACUUAAGAGGUCUGACUUUGUAGAGAACUUUCUUUCCUUGGAGAGAUUCUCUACUUGUUGCCAAGAGCGAUCUGCUCACCUGACCUCCUCAAACCAUUUGAGCUGUCUCCUUUUUAAGAGACAGGCUUCCCCUCACGCUCCACCACCACCAUGCUAUUACAACAUGUGUAGAUAUUUUCAGAUUUUCAAGCAAAAUGGGAAUUAAAAGGCCGUUUUCUUAAUUGAUGUUUUCCAAAGACAUUAGCUGGCAUAAUUAUCGUUUUUUCAUUUCAUCUGAUGCAGAAAACACCUAUGGCUUUGGUCUUGAGCAUGAUUAAAAUGAGGAAGGGACCAAAAGAAACCCACUGUCCCCAGACAAUCACCUGAUCCCAUAAACACAAAGCCUAAUAAUAGCUUUCUUUUGGAGGCAGAGGUAAAAUCCUCAUUAGAGUGUGACAAACGCUACUUGUCUGAAUGGUUUAUGCUGGCAAUAGCCUGACCUGGUGGUUUUAAAAUUAUUGUGCUUUUUUCCCCGCCCCCAGGGUGGCAGGGGAGGUGGUUCUUGAACUUUUAUUAACUCAAAAGAGAACACAGAAGUUGGCAGAACAGGACUGCCUGGCAGAAAGGGGCUGUUUUCCUUUUCACUAUUAUUAUUUUAAACUUUGACGGGCUGCUGAUGUCAGCAAAUAUGCCUGAAGCCCAUAAAGCAAAUAAGCCACAUCACAGGGAGGAGGCCUGCAAGACUUUCUGGUGCCCUCUUUCUAGAACCUUCCCAUGCUGGCCACCCGAAGAUGCUUCUCCAGCUAUCUCUUCAGGCAGUGAAGGAAGUUUUGUUCAUAACAAAGGGUGACCCAGUCUGCCCAUUUUUUCUUUCAUCCAAAUCAAUUAUUAUAUCCCCCAAAGGCACUUUCUGUGUGGGUAGGAGAAAGGAGAACAGGGUGAAAAAAGAAACAAUGGUUCCUUUUACUGAGAACUCUUGCAAGUCUGAGGAAGGUGAAAUAUGGGGAUAAAAAGUACCAAAACAGUGCCUGUGUUUAGAAAGUGCCUAGCAAAUGCUAGAUAGUCUUAACAUUUCAUUCACUUUUAAAACAAUCAGCAUGCCACUAAGAAAUGAGAAUGAAUGCGUGACAGUGAAUGCACCAGCACCAGGAUUUAAGUGUGCUGGGAAAACCACCUCCUCUCCUGUGCUCCAAGUCUAGCAGAAUUCCUGGGGAGGAAUCAGCAAGCUUAUGGAGGAGAGGAUGAAAUGGAGCCGACUCCUUACCAACCAACUCCAUCUUGUUUUGGAAUUGAUAGGAUUUAUUGUAUCUUUGAUCUUAGUGAUCCCAUUCUCGGCCAUCUCCCAAACCAAAAAGAUUUUAUCUGGCAUCUCUAUCUGUUUACUUUCUCAUAAAACGUGAUAAUGGUGAUGAUGAUUUGCUAAUUAGAAAAUUUAUAUUCUGUAGUCUUUAUGGUGGUCCUAAAAAUAACAAGAAGGAAGUCACUCAAAAUCACAUCACCUAAAGUUAUCAUUAUCAAAAUUUAGUAUAUUUCCUUUCAGACCUUUUGAAUUGUGAAGAUUUCAUAUUUUGCUUCUUUUUUUUUAAAAUAUAAUUUUAAUGAGAUUGUCUGAAUGCUUUUAGGCUCAGAUUUCGACAGACUCCUUGUAUACAGCUCCACCCCUGCACUGGAUGUACCCCAUUGCGUGUAAUUGUUCUCAUGUUAUUAGGUUGUUCCCAAUAUUUUUUCUAUUAUAAAACAACACUGUGAUAAGC